AUGAUCACCAUAUUGAUAUAUUGUCACUAUCAUGUGGCCCAUGAAAUCCAUGUUGCAUUGAUCCACUUCCAAGACCUUAUUCCAGUAAUGGAUAAAUAUAUUUACAAUGACGGAACUACCAAGGUCUUGAUGAGUCUAACAGGAACUAUACCCAUCCUUUUUAACGAUAAGAAUUACAACAUUCCUAUAAAUUUGUGGCUUGAGGAAAGCUAUCCUCAGUCGGCCCCCAUCUGCUAUGUCAGACCAAUGCGGGAGAUGAUGAUCCUGCGAGGAAACUACGUCUCAGGCAAUGGUGACGUCAUGUUGCCAUACUUGCAUGAAUGGAAGCAGGGGAAAUGUGACCUGGUGAGCCUUCUGCAGGUGAUGGUUGCCACGUUUGGAGAUCACCCCCCCAUCUGUAUGCGACCUUAUUAUCCCCAGCCUACACAAGCAUCCUGUAAGUAA